AUGAAGCUCCUCACCCUCAACUUCCUCACCUGCGCCCGCAAGGCCUGCAAACAAGAACCCGCUGCCUUUCCCCUGCACCCACGCGACGCAGAGCUGGAGCGCGUAGAGAUGGAAUUGAACCCCGAGUUCCUGGUCAACGUAUUGCCGCGUCUGGAAUGGAAGGCCAUCAGGAGUCUAGGCGAAGAGGUGUGUCUUGUCUCCCAGAAGCGCUUCAAAAAGAACAAAAAUGGGAAGGUUCAGUCAGUACUGACAAGUUUGGAAAACUACAGNCUCGGUCUCCCCACUCUGCCCGAAACAGCACCAGAGGAAUCAGACUUGAUGGACGAAACGACAAAGGAACCCACACAAACACUUAGAGAUCUGCAUUCGCUGCUCGUGGAAACGAGUGUGAGUAAUGGAAAAUUAGUCUGUGGACAUUGCGGACACGAGUAUGCUGUCAAAGAGGGCAUUGCCAACUUCUUGCUGCCGAGUCAUUUGGUCUAA